GUACUUGACAAGCGACAAGGAUGACGUCUAAGACUGGAGCCUGCGGUUGUUGGUGAGCGCAGAUUCAGAUUAAGAACAUUUUCAGUGAUGAUUUUUUUAGUUAUUUCAGAAAUUCAAAUCCUGUUUUACUGUAAAUCUUUGUAAUAGUGUUUUUGGCAUAUGGAGAAACUAAUCGCUGCUUCAUAGCGUGACAAACAUGCUAUUAGUAACAUAGGCAGCUAGCACGUGAGCUGUUAUGUUUACAGUCUGAUCAUAACCGUUUAGGAAAACUGAUACAUAAGAGUUCAAUCUGCAAAUUUAAGGCCUGGGACAGAGGUAAUAUUUACUGCAUGCUUAUUUCACUGACUUAUGUCUCUUCAGUAAUAGUUUGUAGUCAAAAUUUUCCUAGAAAUAACCGUUUGAUGUUCAACUGUGUUAUGAGUGUGACUGCUGAAAAGUUUAACAGUACAAUACAAGUCAAGAUCACUUCAUCGUUAUAAAAUAUCUAUUUUUUCUUUGGAUUAUUUACAGUUUUAUUUUUGUUGCGUUGAAUACAGAUAGUCAAACAGUUGUUUUUGUAAGAUUGUCCCUGUUUCCUCCUGUGUUUGGUGUUGUUUAAAGUGUAUUAUUUGUCUUAGGAAAAUAAAUACGUCUUCUAGAUUUCACAUACGAUGAUCACUUUCCUCCACAGGGCUCAUGAAACACCACCGAACACCUGAUGAGAAAUAAAGGCUGCUAGAUGCUGCUCUGCUCCUCAAUCUUUGACCAUCGUUUUUGUAGUAAGAAAGGAUGCCUUACCACUGUGUUGCCUACGGAUGUGGUAAAACUGCAGACGACGGUGUGACACUCUUUAAAUUUCCCAAAGACCCACAAGAGUUCCUGAAAUGGGAGAAGCAGGUCCAGCGAACCCGCUCCCAUUGGGUGGCCACACCAAACUCUCACCUUUGCAGUGAGCAUUUUGGCAGGGAGUAUUUUGAGCCCAAACCAGGGGCUCUUAAGCUGAGGCCUGGAGCUGCUCCUACUGUAUUUGUCCGUCCACACUGUUCCUCCUGCAGUGGAGCAGGCUGCAGAAAAUGCUUGCCCGCCAUUCAACGCAGAAGCAUCACAGCUGACCCGAAUGAGCACAACUCAAGUGUGAGUUAAAGUUAUUAUAGUGUUUCACUGUUAUUGCUAAAGCAGGAAACUAGCUUUUUUGUCUUUUCACUUCACUUCAACUUUAUUAUGUCCCAAAAUUGACUAAUCGGGUUGCAGCAGGCACAGGCAUUGAAAACACUGCCAUACAUCAUAAAAGAAAUAAAAGAAAAUACAUCUACAUAAAAAACAAUUCAGGAGGUAAAGAGCAUUAAAGAUGAUUUAGAAGGUAAAAAAGCAGCAUAUGUCAGUCAUACCAGUACUUUUGCAUGAGCAGAGUGCACAAAAUGCAGAAACAAAGUGCAUUGUGCAGUUUGCGUACCAAUAAAAGAAACCCUUGAUCAAGCUUGAUCCUUCCAAGAUCAGCGAGAUUAGGCCCAUCAGACCUAGAACCGAUACCCCUACUCCAUACAGCAAGACCACAAUAAUUCAGUACGAUACAAAAUAAUAAUAAUAACAACAAUAAUAAUAAUAAUAGUAAUAAUAUCAGUAACAGUUAUCUCCUCCUGCAGGAAUCAUUUAGGGCUCUGAUAGAGCCUGGGAUGAAGGAAUUUUUAUACCUAUUUUUUGUGGCUGUCGGAACUCGCAGCCAAUGGCCAGAAGGUAACAGAUUGCACUCUGAGCUGAGAGGAUGGUCACUAUGAGACCGAAUGGACACAGCUUUUUUAAGAACCUGCUUGUUCAAAAUAUGAUUCAAGCUAGUGAACUGCACAUCUGCAAUCUUACUUGCCACCUUUACAAUCCUGUCAAGGGCGUUUUUCUCUCUGGUCCCCAGGUUGCCGUAUCGACAAACAAUACAAAAAGAUAUGACGGAUUCAAUAAAAGCAGAAUAAAACAGCAACAUCUGGGACUUAUCGAUUUGAAAUUUGGCGAGCUUUCUUAAACAAAAAAGUUGUCCCUGGCCUUUAUGCACAGCACUUCGGUAUUACAGUUAAAUUUCAGGCUGUUGUCGAUCACAGUGCCUCAAUAUUUGUAGUUAGUUACAAUCUCCAUAGCCUCACCCUUGACAACACUGUUCUGAGGAGCUGGGGGGGAUCGUCUAAAAUCUUUACACAUGUCUUUUGUUUUACUGACGUUAAGUUUUUUGUCAUCUGUAUCAUGUAAAUUUGAAGUCAUUGUCUUGCCCUUUCAUUCCUCUAUCCAGUGCAGUGAAAAGAGGCUCACUCAGUUUGAUGCUGCUGAUGGAGGAGGCGACAGCGAAAAUCCAACAGGAGGAGGGGUUACAGUGAGAAGUAAACACACCAUGGAUAAAUCUGGUGAGUUUUAAGAGACUAGAUGAGUUACAAAGUUUGAUAAACUAGACACUAACUUAUUUUUUUCAUUGUAGUUGUAUUUUAUCAUUUCUAAAAAUAAAAUUAGAAACUGUGGAACUUUAUUUGUAAAACGCUUGAAGCAUCUUUUUGAGCACUAAAGGUCCUGACAAAGUUAGAUGAUGUUGAAUUCAAAAUGUUUUAUCUCUACAGUGGUGUGCGAGAACUGUGGCACCACCGGGCCCAUGAGCACCUUCUUUUCGAAGGCAAAGCGAUUCUGUUCUCUGUCCUGUUCACGGUCUUUUUCAUCAAACUCCAAGAGGACCUCCAUACUGGCACGUCUGCAGGUGAGAAGAAUAAAUGUUUUCUUUUUUCACACAGGCAACAGUGAAUCAAGAUCUUGUUUGUUACCAUGCCACAAUCCUCAUUCUAGAAAAGUUGAGAUGCUGCAUAAAAUGUAGAGUUUUUUUUGUUUGUUUGUUUGGCUGCAAAUCAUUUAAACACUUAAUGGAACUGAAAAUUCUGCCAAGAAAACGUAUCAGAUACUGUAACCAACAAAAAAUAUUGCUUUAUGAAAAGUAUUAGCGCAUGGUAAAUUUGAUGCUAGUUACAUGUUUCAUGAACUGUUUGGACGGACACAACAAAAAUCUUAAAAGGUUGUGUAAUGUUUAAAAAGCACCAGAAGGAAUAUCUCGUAUCUGAUUAAGUCAGUUGGCAAGAGUUUAGUAACAUGCCUAGUUUUAAAAAGGACACCACAGAGAGGCUGAGAUUCUCAGAAAUAAAGUUUUAAAGAGGUCCAGCACUCUGAGAGAGACCGCAUGAGCAAAUAGUUUACAAAUUAUAGAAUAACGUAUCUGAGAAUCAUGGUGAUGAAGCCCCAUGCAACAAAAUAUGUUUUUAGUGAUGCAAAUGCAAAGCAAGGUGAAAGACAUAUCACUGAUGACAUAAAAGGGGGGUGUGGGCUAACAAGAAAUAAGAAUAAACACUCUUUUAGAAACUGCUUCUCUAGCCUGACUUUUACAUGAUUCCUUUUACUAUUACAAGAAUUAAGCUAUUCCAAAUCCAUGCAGAACCUCCCACGGUUCAAACAGGAUACACCAUAAUAUGCAGUUUUCCCCCUUUUAUUCUUUCUCAGGAUGCUUGAUGAAAAUAAAAAUCUCCCUCCACACGUUCUGUCUGGAUCAUAUAUUACAUAUCAACUCUAGCUUUAGUUUUCAUCAAUCUGGGGAUAAGCACAUCAUCUUGAUAAUACAGAGAAGAGAUGAUUCAAACUUGUCAUUUAGAACUUUUGAAAGUUAAAAUUGAUGUAAAGGAAGCUGGUUUUCCUUCUGGUGGUCCACUGAUGUUAAUUAGACAGAAACGUAGCAUUUAGAUUUGUGUCUAAAAGGUUCCUCAAAAUGAUCUACCACUCUAUUGGUUGUUUGAACAAAAGUUACAAUGCAUAAAACAAACAGCAUUUCACAUAUAACAUAAAAUAAGCCAUAAAUUGGGAACAUUUAUUUCCAAUAUGUCUUCCAGAGAUAAGUUGGAGCGGUCUUUAUCGAAUGUGUUCUGCAUUUGUAUGUUGAUAUGACCUGUAUAGUAGUUGUUUUUAAUGUGUUAAUUUAUUAGAGUAUUUCAAAAGGCUAUAUUUAUGGCCACAAGGUGGCAGUGUGUUCCUAUAAAGCGGCGGCCCUUGCAUGAUGAGGAGAACGAAGAAGACGGCCGCGCUGGAUUUUAAAAACACUGGCCCACCUGAGAGGCAGCUCCAUGGACUACACAUGUUUACAAUAACAAAGAUGUGAUCAAAUAUAGGACUAGGAAAAGAGUGCUGGGGUCAUAUGUAGUUAAAUGACUUCCAUUUUUUCGCAAUUGUUUGGCGUUAUAGUAAUGCGUGUAUCAUAAUAGCCAUCUUUGAUUUGCGGGGGACUAUUUUAAGAAAGUUUCCAAAGUUGGGCGACAUCGACGGUGGAUCAACUCAGGAGAACCGGAAGUUUGCACAUUUGUUGCCACGGAUGAAGCCAGCAGAAAGUGAUAUUUAAGCCGUAAAAAAGGCACAUGGAUAAAGUGCAUGCUCGUGUUAGAAUAUCUCCCCAGUUUAAUAUCAAUACCACCAUUGUCGUUGCCUUUCCUCGCACAAUAUCAUCCCGCGGCUCACCUUGAUCAAAUGUCUCACUGAAUGUUUUCCUCUGUAGAAGAUGGUGCAUAUUUUAGCUUUUCCGGCCAGUCUACAUCGAGAUAAAUGCUUUGCACCGUAAAAGUUUCACCGUAUCCCGUUGAAUUGUCGUUGGUCAUUUGCCCUAAAAAGGAUCUGAGAACACCCUGAACAGCACUGAAGAACCUCCGCGUUUGCAGGGACUAUUUUUUUCUGACUGAAACUGAAGCCAAAGAUGAGAGACAUUCACACAAUAGAAGCCACAGCAGCACCCAGACGAAGGGUAAGAUAACCACAAACUAACCAGACCACUUAAAGAGGAAAAAAUGAUCAAAGUACUUGGACUGUGCAUUGAAUAUUCAGUUGAGCAGAUUUAGUAGUAGUAGUCGUUUAUUCAGUCAUGACAACACCAAAUAUUGUACACAAUAUUGACAUUUCACACAAAAUCACUAAAUCAAGAAUCAUGUGUUGAAUAUUGACUGAAAAAGGCAUAGGCAGAAGCAAACUGCUUAUAAAAGCCUACCCUGUAUUGUCAUCUUUUUUAAAUUUUUAACCACAACAAUACAGCGUAUACAUCUCAAUACAAAACAUUUCUUUUCCUUUUUCAGCUGUCUGUGUAUUUUUACAAACAUCCGCAGAUAAUGUAGGAUUAAAUCAAACAAAAUAAUCAUAGUAAUCAUCACAAAUAACAAUGUCCACGCCAAAGUACAGAUUUAAAGGCACAGAUUCUAGUCAGAGGCAAGAUGACAGUAUUUUGACAUGGAUAGGAAGUUCUUACAUCAUUAACAUUAACUGUCAUUGCAUCAAUAAAGGUACCACAAGUUCCCAUCUUUCAAUAAAGGAGGCCCUCUGAAAAUUUAGUGAAAAUGUGAUCUGCUUAAUAUUCCAUACUUUUUGAAUCCAGAUAUUGUAUGAGGGAGAUUCUGGUUUCAACCAUCUGAUGGUUAUAGACUUCAAGACUGCAGUCAAUAAUAUGUUUAAGAUGUAUUUUUCUGACCUCCUGUCCAAACCUUCAGGCUGCAUGUCAAGUGUUGAUAUGAAGUAACAUGUUUUGGGAUGAAUGAAGAUUCAGAUCAUUUGGAACAAGGGUUUUAAGUUUUGUGAUUUUGAAUAAAUCAUACCUGUGACAUUGACCUUUCAUCAUUUUCCUCUGGCUUCCUUCUCUUGUCUCUGUUUCACGAUUAUCAGUGGAACAGCCUGGACCUGCUGUAUGUUUCCUAAGAAGGAUGGUUAGCUCAACAUCAAUAAAAUGGACUCAAAAUUGCAAUAAUGUAGUGCCAAAAGAUGGGAAAUAAACAAGUGACAUAUUCGGGGGGAAAAACAAGCUUUCUGUGGUCUCAGUUUAUCCAAGCUGCCUUGUGAUGCACCUAUCUACAGAAAGUUGGCAUAGCAGCAGCCUAAUGAUUAAUAAUUAAUCCGUCUUUCUGUCUCUGUCUCUCCAUCUCUCUCUCUAGGGAAGGCCCCCAUCGAAAAAAGCCACAGUGCUGCGCAAGGUGAACAAAGCCUUAGCAGCCCCAUCAGGAUUAGAUGGUAAGAGCACCAAACACACACACACACACACACACACAGAUUCACAAUAUUGCAGUAAUUAAUCAGAUGUCAUACUUGACUUGGAAGCAUUUGAGGGUCAUUAUGAAGACGGCGUGAAGUCUGAUACACCCUAACAGAGAUUUCCAAUUGAUAACAGAUGUUAGGAACUGACCCAUGGACUUUCAAGCCACUUAUUGAAUGAUUCUCAGCGGCAUCUGAUUUGCGUUUGGGAAUAUUGUCAUAGAAGCUUUUGUAGACAAUGUAUUCAAACAGUCGAAAUAAACACAACUCCUCUCUACUUUCCCCAGUGGCAUCUCCUGCACGUUUUAAGUGGGGCCCUUACUUGGACAAGGAAACAUCUCUGGCUGCAUCCGUGUCCUGCUUCAGACAUGUGAGUCCUAUCUGUAAAAGAUGAAUCAAGUUCAGGUCCUACAUGUUGUAUCAUCUGCAGACACACAGCGUAUUUUAAAAGUUUUUACUUUUUUCACUGGGAUGAAAAUCUUUACUGAAGCUCAUGAUUAAGAAGAUAAGCACAUUAUAUUUGCUGAAACAAUCAAUUAAACACAGUUACUAUGAGGUAAUACAUGACCCUUUGGGCACAUUAAACAGAUCAUAGUGAUGUCUGGUGUUGAAGAAAAUGUGUGAACUCCCACCUGCAGGCCCCGCUCUGUGCCCAGUGGGAUGACAUCCACACAGGAAUGAAGGUGGAAGUCUUGAACACAAAUGCAGUCCUGCCCAGUAAAGUCUACUGGAUCGCUACUGUCAUCCAGAUUGCAGGUGAAUACUUCACUCCAAUACAUCAAUGUGUUUAUUUUUAUCCAUCAGUAAAGUCUUACCUGUCAUCAUGUAUUUUGAAAGGGGAUAUUCCGGCAUAAAAUUAAUUUAGGGUCAAACACACAGGGUCAAGCACCUAACUUCAUCUGCAGUACAUAUAGGGUCCCAGCCAUAGCACUAGCCACCAAACAUCUUUUUAGCUUUGCCUGAUUUCUUUAGCAAAAAGACCAAACACAACUCACCCACUCUCUUCCAGCAGUCGUUUGUUUGUAGCGAGACCUCGUGCCAGUCUGUUACAGACUACAGCGGGGUGACGCAGCUCAAGGAAGAACAUUUAUGAUCAUUUUUUAUAAUUUCCUUGAAGUAAUAAUCAUCAUAUUAAUCAUUUUGCACUUUAGACGCGGUAGUUCUUCUGCUUUAGCGUCUGGUUCUGAUUGCAUUUCCAUGAAGAAGUUAUCAUACAUGUUACUAAAAUUGGUAUAACAAACGGUCGGCAACAUUCAUCUCUCCAGGGGGUGUCUAACUUGAUGUUUCGGUGUGUUUGACCCUAAAUUAAUUUCACGCCGGAAUAUCCCUUUAAGUAUUACUCAAAAUUAUAGAUGAUCCUUCUCUAGAAAUGCUUUGUAAUAACAAUCCCAUAUCUAGUCUUACAUUACAUGUUCAUGUUGGCCCGGCUUUUAACCGAUACAAUAACAUCAUAUUAUUUUAUCCUCUCCUAUUUUCUCACAAGGAUACAAAGCACUGUUGAGAUAUGAGGGUUUCGAACACGACAGCAGCUGGGAUUUUUGGUGCAGCCUUGUUUCAGGAGAGCUGAAACCGAUCGGAUGGUGUGCCAUGACGAGCAAGCUGCUGGUGCCUCCAAAAGGUGAGGGUUCCCGCUAAAACUUAAAACACACAAAAAUAUGAUAAUUAAAGCGCUCAGAUUAUCCAAUCAGAAAAACUACGAGGAGUUUUUGUCAUAUUAAGCAGAUCUUACUGUCUAUGUUCAACCAGGAGUUAGAAACAAGGAUAAUCAGACAGACUGAUCAGCAAUAACACAUUGACCACCUGCCUAAAAUUGUGUGAGACCCCAUCUCCUCCAGUCAGGGUCAGAAUAGCCCUGACUGGAUAAGGCAUAGACUUUCUGUGCUGUGGUGUCUAACCAGCAGCUGACCCUUCAAGUCCAGUAAAAUGUGAGCUGGAGCCUCCAUAGAUGGGACUUUACUGUCCUUUGUAUCGUAAAGAAGCCCAGUUAGACUGAGAUCUGGGAAUUUGGAAACCAAAUGGUCCAAAUCUGGUGAUUAGAUGUUGGAGUUUGUUCUGACUUUAAUGGGUCCAUAGAUGUGAAGCAGAACAUUCCCGAUUGGAAGGCUUAUCUGAUGAAGAAGCUGGUGGGAGCUGACACCUUACCUGUUGACUUCUAUCUGAAGGUAAGCAUCAAUGCUGCUUCAUGAUGCUAAAUAAGUUAACCACUUUAUCUAUAUUUGUGAAAUGUAUAAUGAAAUCAGAGCCAGCUUUACCAGUGGAGUACUGUAUAUGUGCUCAUACAGUGGAUUUAGUGCAAUAAGUGUUUUUAUUCCCCUGAACGGUCAUCUCUUCUCUGUUUUCUUCUUCUCAGCUCGCUGAGAGUAUAAAGACAUCCUUCAAAGCCGGUAUGCUUGUGGAGGUAGUGGACUCCAAACACGUGAGCCGAACUCGUGUGGCCCUCGUUGACAUGAUUGUUGGAGGCCGAUUGCGCCUGUUGUACGCUGACCAAAGGGAAGCCCCUGAAAACACUACCCUUGACUUCUGGUGUCACAUGUUGAGUCCUCUCCUUCACCCGAUCGGCUGGUCCCGCAGGGUGGGUCACGAGAUUAAAGAACCCGGUAAGUCUUGAUUUUUUUUCUCUCUUUUAUGUUAUUAAUAUUUUGUUUAAGGUUAGUGUUCGUCUGAAGACUGGCAUCACACCCCUCUACCUUUAUGCGUCAGUUUAAGUGAAUUAAACAGAUGAAAAUAGACCAGUGUUGUUCAAAGUUAGUCAUCGUCUUUAGCUGUUGGACAGGAUAAGUUAGUUUUUGUGCAGUAAAUUCACAGGAAUGGAAUUAAUCUCACUCAAAUUUGUUCUUUUAAGGGUGAAUAAUUUAAAAAAUGCUUCUCCUAAUUACAGUAACCAGCGCGGAAGUUGCUGCCAGUGCCAAGGGAUACAAUGACAUGGUAUCUACACUCUUUACAAAGGUAUGAAUUGUUUCUGAUGUAAUGAAUUGAAAAAGCAAAAGAAGCUGCAUUUUCGAAACAUCCGCUUUGGUUUUGAAGCUUUUUUUUUUAUAGUAAGUUGUCUUCUAUGGGCCUCACUGCUGAAGGAACAAUUACAGCCGUAACUCAUCGUAAAAAGUACCGUUAAGUUUGUUUAGCCUCACUGAUUCAGACGUAUCUGCCAACUGUGCCGUCAAAUACGACCUGCCUUCAACUGAGCAGAUUGUCUUUUUGUGGGGCCAUUUUUUUCAGUUCUUUGCCAUUUUGUGUUUUCCUAUGAUGCCGGUGUUUUAUUUAGCUGGAUAACAGUGACAGUUAGUUGUUUUCAUGGUUUAUCAGAAACUUCUAUGUUAGGCAGCUACAGACGCUGUCUCUGUGGAGAUUGUUUGUAUAAUGUUGUCAAGCAAAAUUACUGACAUAAAAGAAUUUGAUCUGGUGCCGUAAGUCUGUGUUGCAUUAAAACUGUGCAUGCUGUUAGGCAAAUAGAUAAAAUGUCCAAAGUCUUUCAAGGUCCAUCAUGUAAAAUUGACUUUUGCAUUCACACUCUGUAUUGAAAUAGUACCCUUCCCCCCACCUUUAUGAAGUUUUGUGUGGUCUGCAGCCCAGGUUUGUCUACAUGGAGGGGUGUUACUUUGAGGAGGGAAUGAAGUUGGAGGCCAUUGAUCCUCUAAAUCUGGGAAGCAUCUCUGUGGCCACUGUGCACAAGGUAAAUCAGCUGUUUAUUUCUGUCUGAUGAGGUCUGAGUAAAGCUGAGUUCAGACCAAAAGCAAAGAAUAUAUUCAUGAUGUAUUUCCGCCUUGAGUUUGAGAAGUGAAAUUAUUUAGGUGUUUUCACUUCAAAGGGGACACAAACUCCCACCUCCAGAUAUGAUGAGGAUAUAAAAGCUGUUAUUUUAUUUUAUUACAAUCCUCAGAGGAUAUUCCUUUAUAGAUACUCACCUCAAGCAUUCUCUUUCAACUGUGGAGAGCCUGUUAUCCUUUUCUGAUGGCUCACUGUUUAUUGUAAGGCUGCCGGCCAACCACAGUGGUAUGAACCUGAUAGAUAAGAUUUUCUUUUAUUGAGUACAACUAAAAUACAAAACCAACUCUAAACAUAAGAAAAAGCUUGAUUUGAGAAUGAAGGUUAGAUUGAUAUUUUCUUAUUCAUCCUUUCCCAACCCAAAAUGAUUCUGUUGCUCGAGAUGAAACAGAUUGACUCAACAUAUAACAUUUCUUCCCCUUUUCUCUUGUCGCUCUCUCUUCACCUGUAACUUCUUUCAGGUGCUGUUAGACGGAUACUUGAUGGUGGGCAUCGAUGGUACAAUAUCCCACAAUGGCGCCGACUGGUUUUGUUACCAUGCCUCAUCGCACGCCCUCCUUCCUGUGGGCUUCUGUGAAAAGAAUGACAUCCCCCUCUCUGUACCUCAAGGUAAACACAGACAUGCUUAUCUCUGUGCCUAUGAUCAAUCUCAGUCUGCUGUUUCAAGUAUACUACACCAUACUAAAAUUAAGAGAUGUUAUUCAGUCCAAGACUUCACAAUUUUGAUUAAAAAAAAACCAUACAGUAAGCGGUUGAGUUGAACUUUGAUACAAUGCCAUAUAAUGAAAAUCCAACAACAUCAAUACCUGUUUCAACACCACAAUGACAACAAAUGAACUUCUGGGCACCUUAAACUUAAUUAUAUGACUUUUUAUUUUCUAUCUGCCAGAUGAAGUUUGUAUUAUUUUGAGGGUGUGACACAUUCACCCCUCUACUCUGAUCUCCUCCAACAGACAGAUAUCUUACACAUGUAUCUUUGAGGAAUGUGAAAUAGAUUUUAAAAAUGUAUUUGCCGGCCUGGGGGUUUCUAAAGUCCACUAUGCAGAGGCUGUGACAGAUGGCAGAACAGAGAGAUGAUGCACAGCAGACAGGAAGGAGCAGCAUUGAAAGUCCAACGCCUUUUUACAUGUUUGUGCAAAGGCGCGGAGGUGUUGACAAGUUUUGUAGAGAGUCAAGCGGGGACUUGAGUUUGAUGCUUGAACCCGAGUCACACCUUAAUGCACGCAAACAUGACUUGAGACUCCAGUCCAGUUACUAUACUCAACACAACCUUUUUAUUUUGUAUCUUUGGCCUAUUAAUAUCAUGUGCAACCUCAAACAGAGAGAGUCUUGGGAUGAAUCUUGAAUAUAUAAAAGGUUUACUUUUUGGAUAAAAUAACGGGGACAAAAUGAACAAUUUUGGGACAUUGUGAUGUUGCAUAAUACCUGGGCAGGCAGUUCAAGCAUACAUGUCGCAAAUUUUUACUUAUUUUCAAACUUUUUAAGCUCACAGAUAAAUAAAUGAGCCAUCUCCACUCGCUCAGUCCCUCUCUUGUAUGUUACUAAUUGCAUAUAUUACACACCCUGCAGGAGAGAAACAAAGAGAAAGUGAGUUAUGUUCAAAUCAGCUACUUUGGUGAUUAUCUAUGAUUCAACAGGCUGUGAGCCACUUCUUCGCAUUUCAACAGAGCACAUUUUCUGAUCAUUAUAGUGUGACUUUAGACAAAUAAACUUGUUUUAAGUCCUCAGAAGAUUUAGUACCGCUGUGUUGUGUUACCUUUAAAAAAAACAACACUCAGUAGUAAUCAGUAGAGACAGAAAGGACAAAUAAAUCUGUUGAUUUCUUACUGCUGCAAAAGCCAGUGACCCAGUUUGACCACCUCAGUCAAAAAGUCUAGAUAUCCGCUCACAGAGUCUAUGGAUAACAUAAAAAUGAUUAUUACAAUUAAUGUGUAACAUAAUGUAAAAUACUGAACUUUGCCGUAAAUAAAACUCCGGUUUCUUUGCAGGUUAUCUCUCCAAGACUUUCAGCUGGGACAAAUAUCUGAAGGAGACCGGAGCUCAAGCUGCACCGAGGAGGCUGUUCAAUGUUGUAAGUUCAAAAGUUUCAGAAGUUCAAACCAAGUGCACAAGUUCAGAUCGUGCCUUCUGUUUAUAAUAAAUGAGUCAGCCAAUUAAGUGACUUAUACUGUGGGUGAAUACCUGAUUCUGAUUGGCUGUCUUUUUUCAGGACUACCCGGGUCAUGGCUUCUCUCCCAACAUGAAGCUGGAGGCGGUGGAUCUGAUGGAGCCACGCCUGGUGUGCGUGGCCACCGUGAAGCGCUUCGUGGGCCGCCUGCUGCUCAUCCACUUUGACGGCUGGGAGGACGAGUUCGACCAGUGGAUCGACUAUCAAUCCCCGGACAUCUACCCUGUUGGGUGGUGUGAUCUCUUGGACUACCAGCUGCAGCCCCCUCCUGGACCCGGUAGACCAUACUGCUUAACAGCUGCACCUCCUAAUGUUUUGUAGCAAGCUGUUCUAUUCAUUACAAGGAUUAAACGUGAGCUGAAUUUGUUGUUCUCUAUUUUCCAGGGAAUUUGAUAGAAAACCAGGCAGCACAAAACAAGAAAACCAAGCCGUUCAUUUUCAAGAAAAGGAGUAAGUUUUGUUUUAAGCACAUGUGCAAAGUCAAACAUGCAGAUUUCUGUGAGGUUUUAAAAGCUAUCCUUUAACUCCCAUUUUCUUCUUCCCAUAGAAAAGAGGAAUGCCAAGAAAAGACUCUCUCAGGAACUUGAUGUCAGCGAUGGGCAGCCUGAGGCCUUUGGCACUGACAGUCAUCCAGAGCUGUGUCUCCCCCCAGAAGUUCCUCUCAUCCAGCCCAAGACGGAGCCAGAGGAGCAGGAGAGUGCGUGGACAAACUCACAUAACUACUUUAACUUUUUCAAAGAGAAUAUUUCUUAAAAAAUGCUGAUUCUGACUUGUUUCUGUGUCUGUAGUCUCAACAGUGCACGUAAAAGUUGAGGAAGUGGAGGUGGAGAUGGAGACCCCCACGGCUGAUCCUCGAGUCUCUUUGAGGGUAAUUAAAAAGGAGGACGCGGGGGAGCAGAGCGAGUCAGGACAACAGGAGGCACCAGAGCUGAGCGGCUUGAACAACGGAGCGAGUGAAGCAGCAGAAACACGGUGGAAAGAGCUGUCCUUGUUGGAAGAGAGUUCCAAUAGUCAAAGCAGCAAGGAGGAGAGAGGAAGGAGAAGAAACAGUGGAGGAGGGAGGAGAGAAGAGGCAGAAGAAGAGGAAGGAGUUCAGGGUGAUGAUAUCGCUGUUGAGGAGAUUUCAGAGCUUGAUGUGGAGCUUGACAUGGAAGACGAGGUUGCAGAAAUGUAGUGAUGAGAGGCAGAUGUCUGCUUAAAGAUUGAAGACAACUGUUCAUGUUUGCACAAGGGCAAAUAUCUGGAUGACUGAUGGACAAAAAAAGACAAAAAUACAAAAGAAGACGAACAAAAGCAUAUUUGAAUAUAAAGAGCACAGAGAGGUAUAACGGUUUUCUGUGAAUUUACAGCAAUGGUCGUGUAGUUGGCAUCCUAAACAUCAGUCCUGGUUGGUCUGGUCAUGUGCUAAAAGAGAGUGCAGAUCCUGAACUUUACAGGCCAGAGAGUCAAACUUCAGCUGUCUUUUUAUAACAGCUGUGAUGUGGCUAUGAAAGGUGCGACUGUUAUCAAUGUGACUGAAUAAUAGUUAUAAAAGUAAUCGUAAGUGUCAUGCGUUAUCAGUUUUUUUUGAUCUCUUAAGUUUAGACAGGUGUUAUGAAUUCAAAUCAGGAAUGAUCAUUCAAGCCUCGUUUUACUUUCCAGAUCCUGACAUUUUCAGACAUUUUCUAUCUGGAGAUCAUGAGUUUAAGAAGUUCAGACACAUUUUUACAAUAGUUUUGGUUAAUGGGGAAUCUGAGUAGAACGUGCAGUUUUCCAACAUGUUGACUUUGGAUAAUUUUACUACAGACCACAGAGAACCUGUUAGCCAGCUUCAAAACUACCUCACCUCUCAUAGCUUAACAUGACUAAACAUGGCAGACAGAAGUUUGUUGUAAUCUUUUAUUUUUUCCAUAUCCAAGUGUGUCUUUAUUUGUAAAUAUGUGAUGUUUCAUUAAAGAAAAUACAGUUUCUAAACUUUCUUAUAUGAUGCUGACUGAGCGUGUCUUUACAUCAUUCUGAUGUAGUUAUAGUGGUCAGAGAUCUAGCAUUCAGCCCAAGUUACUAGAGCUAUUAAACAUUUGCUUGAUUUACACCCUCAAAUGGUACAACAGAGUUUCUUGGGAGCUUUUUGAGCUACAAGUUUGUAUGUUAUACUUUUAUGUUGAAGUAAUGCAGUUCUGUUGAUCGCAUAUUUACUUGUGUAGAUCCUUCUUUAACGUUGAUGAAUCAGAUGGUGAUAAUCUGAAGAAGCUUUGGCAGCUACAACUUUCAGAGUCUGCAGAGGUUGCAGUUUCAGAGUUCAGUUCAUGGUUUAACUUCAACUAUUCCUGUAGCUGCCCGUUUCUUAAUACUUCACGAUCAGAAGCUGCGGGUUCAGGCCAUGCUGCGUCUCUUGGUGUUUUUCUUGGCUGCUGCUGCUGGUUUUGUGUUGGGAGUCUUGCGAGUUUUGGAUUUGGCUUUCAUCAUUUUGACCUGCCGGAUACCAUUGAGGUGCAUCGGUUUGGGUUUGGUCGCCUUGGGUGCUUUUGCAGGUUUGGGGGUGACAGCGGGGGCAGAGGGGAGGCUCUCGCCACCUGGACAGGCUUUGAAGACGUGGACAUCCUUGACCCUGCGGCCCUUUAACUCGGGAGGAUUUGCACAGGUGGCUCGCACCUUUAGGUUAACUUUCUCAAUCCAUCUAGAUGAAGGAAAAAAAUGUCUUUAGUACUGUGAGGAUUUUAAAAUUUAAAUCACUUGAUGUCUGUAACUGAAGCAGCCUCACCCUCAAACAAGGUUCAAGUCAAUGGUGUAAAUUUAGCCUUAAAACUGCAAAUUUAAGUAAUCUGAAACACUACGACAAAUAAUAAAAAAAAAAAAAACAAGACUUCGCGAUUAAAGUCAUUAACUUGCGAGAAUAAAGUGAUUACUAACAAGAAUAAAGUUGUAAUAACGUAAUUGCUUACAAGGAUAAAGUUGCAAUUAAUCAUUAUUUACGAGAAUAAAGUUAUAGUAAAGUAAUCACUUAUGAGGGUAAAGUAAGAAUAAAGUCCUUAUUUUCUUACCUGCUGUUUAAGACGAUCUUGAAAUGAGAGCCAUGUAGCAUUUCGUGAAAAUGUACUUCAUAAUAGGUUUCUUAAACAAGGAGAUACUUCAUCUUUGGCACAUCAGCACCACAUUAUCACAAGUAUCAUAAUGAUUAUAUUACGACUUUAUUCUUGUAAAUUAAUAACUCUAAACUCAAAGUCUUAAUUUUUUCUUUCUUAAUGUGGUCCUAAUUCUCCAUUAUAGAAACACAACACUCAUAUUUUGGGGGCUUUUUUAUGUUUAUAGUCAUGUUUGUCCCUAGUUAGAGAUAUAAACAAAGACUACAAAUUUAAGUCUGCAAAAUUACCUCAAACUAAAUAUAUGGGUAAUUUUUAACCAUUUUAAUGUAUUCGACUCAAAAUAAUUACAUAUUUGAUCAUUUUUGAAGGUGUACUUACAGGCGAAGUGGCAGCAGAGGGCAGUCACACAUCAGAGGGUUGUCGGCCAGGUUGAUCACCUCCAGGGAGGUGAAAGGUUGAAGGUUAGGCACCUCCUCCAGCUGAUUGCCCUCCAGGAAAAGACUCCUGAGGCCAGAACCCAGACCUGCCAGUGAGCUCUGUGACAUCUGAAGAGGGAGUGAUCAUACCAGUGAAAGGAUUCAUUUGAUUUGAUAAAAUUUACUAAGCUGAUCAGAUGAAAUUAGAGUUUGAUAUUCUCUGACCUUCUCCAGUCCCAUGUUAUCCAGAUAAAGCUCCUUCAGGGACCCCGCCAAAGGUCGGAAAGCAUUGGGUCCAACCCAGCGAAUAGUAUUUCCUGACAGCCUCAGGUCUCUGAGGUUCCCCGUCUUACUCAGAACCUCAGUUGGCACCUCCGUCAGUUUGUUUCCGCCCAAGUGGAGCGUAUCGAGGUCACUGGCCUGGUCUAGAGCUCUUGGUGACACCUGAUUGAUGGCGUUGCCAGUGAGGUAGAGCGCUCGGAGACUCUCUGCUCCAGUCAAGAUGUCUGCCUCAAGUUUGGUGAUGGUGUUAUUCUCCAGGUGAAGUGCCAGCAGACUUGGCACCAGUUUGAAGGCUCCUCUGGGGAAACUGGUGAGGCGGUUCCUCUCCAGGUGGAGGUAAGUCAGCUGAGGAAGGCCUGCAGACAUGGAUUAUUUAAAAUCAAAUCAAACAGGUCAUGAUACUCAAACAAGGAGCUUUUCUACUGUAUCAAUAAAACCUUUGAAGACAUCAGGGCUGAGGGAGGUGAGGUCAUUCUCAGAGAGGUAAAGGUAGAUCAGCCCCUUCAUCCCAUUGAAAGCUCCACCCUCCACCUCCGCGAUCUUGCAGCGCUGCAGAUGUAGAGACACCACCUGGGCGACCCCGGGGAAGCUGUUGCUGGGGAUGUAGUGGAAGUGGUUUCCACGCAGGUCGAGGAGACGGGUAGUGGGGGAGAAACCUUUGGGAACUUUAGUGUGACCGCGGUUCUCACAUGAGGAGUGGUGCGUCUCAGCCUGAGGACAGGAAGGUGAUGGAGUGAAGGAGACAGACAGGACAAAGACAGACAGUACUAGGGUGACCAUAUGUCCUGUUU